AUGGCAUUCUUCGAGGCUCUUAAGAAUAAGGCUGUAAAUACUUUGAAUCAAGUAUUGGAUAAGAAUAAUGCUUCUGGUUUAACUAGAGAACAAUUAUUCUGUUUACAACAUCAUAUACCUGAUAAGGAACUUAUAAUAUGUGAAUCAGCUGCUGAAAUUGGUAUCAAAUCAGAAUAUUCACGUGAUAUUUAUAACAAUGAAAGCAAUGCAUUUCCACAGGGGAAGCUUUAUUUAACUGAACAUUUCUUGAUCUUUCGAGAUGCUUUUGAUAAACAAAGUUGUUCAUUUAGUUUACAUUUAUCCACAAUUAAGAAAGUUGAAAGAUUACCCACAAGUGACUAUGGAUUUGCCUUGAAGCUUAUUACAUAUAGUAAGAUUCAUAUAACGACAUAUUUAGUUGGCAUUAGAUCUGAUAGUGAACGAUUUGCUCAAUUUUUACGAAUGUCAUUAAAGAAUAAUUUGAAAUCAUCUGGGAAAUUACCACCAUUUAUUCAAACAUGUUAUUCGGAGUUUUUGUUAGUGAAAAAUAAAUUAUCAGAUGAAAAGGUUGAACACGUUCCUCCAGGUGGAUUGGGACUUGUAUUUAAAUUCCCGGGGAAUCCUAAAGAAUCUAAAGAUAAAGCAAAAAUGAAACUUUGGUUUGAUUUAUUUCAAAUUGAGGGCCGUAAUUUAUCUAUGAUCAAAACACCCAGAUUUUAUAAAUUGAUAAGAGUAGGAUUGCCUAAUCGAUUAAGAGGAGAGAUUUGGGAAUUAUGUAGUGGAUCAAUGUAUUACCGUUAUGAACACCAAGGUGAAUAUGCUCAAAUUUUAUUGGACCAUAAGGAUAAGAAGUCAUUUGCAAUUGAAGAGAUCGAAAAAGAUUUAAAUAGAUCAUUACCAGAAUAUGCUGCCUAUCAAUCCAAUGAAGGAAUCGAAAGACUAAGAAGAGUGUUGACAGCUUAUUCUUGGAAGAAUCCAGAUGUGGGAUAUUGUCAAGCGAUGAAUAUUGUUGUAGCGGCAUUACUUAUUUAUAUGUCAGAAGAACAAGCUUUUUGGGCCCUUAAUUUAUUAUGUGAUCGGAUUGUUCCUGGUUAUUAUUCAAAGACUAUGUAUGGAACUUUAUUGGAUCAACGAGUAUUUGAAUCGUUGGUUCAAAAUACAAUGCCUAUCUUAUGGGAGCAUAUCACCAAGCACGAUAUUCAAUUAUCGAUAGUUUCAUUACCCUGGUUCUUAUCAUUGUAUUUAUCUUCUAUGCCUUUGGUGUUUGCAUUCAGAAUUUUGGAUGUUUUUUUCAUGCAAGGACCCAAGACAUUGUUUCAAGUAGCUUUAGCUGUUUUGAAAUUAAAUGGGGAGAUAUUAUUACAAACCGAAGAUGAUGGAGCAUUUAUCUCGAUAAUUAAAGAUUAUUUCCAAACAUUAGAUCAACCAUGUCAUCCAAACUCACCUAAUCCGAGAUUUAAGUCCAUUACAAGAUUCCAAGAACUCUUAGUGACUGCAUUUAGGGAAUUCGCUAUUGUGAAUGAGGAUAUGAUAAAUAUUCAUCGUAAUAAGCACCGAGAUUCAAUAUUUCAAAAUAUUUCCACAUUUGUCAAACGAACCGAAAUCAGGAAUUUGCCAAGAACUCCAAAUAUCCCAGCACAGACAUUGGAGAUUUUAUACGAUAGAUUCUAUUCCGUUAUUGAAGGAGAGCAACGCAAUUUAACCAAAGGAAGUGGAUCGAGUCUUAUGGACUAUAAAUCGUUUCUCAAAUUUAUGGCAGACAUUUGUGAUUGGAUCCCACAGCCUCCAAAAUCACAUACUUUUAUGAAACGAUUAUUUACCGCUUGGGACAAUGAACAACAGCAAGCGCUCUCAUUUGGAGAUUUAUUACUUGGAUUAAAUAAACUUGUCGAAUCUGAUCUUAUGACGUCGAUGUCGAAUUUCUUUGAGCUUUAUGAUCUGAAUCAUGAUGGAAAAGUGGAUCGGGAAGGCAUAUUACAAAUGUCGGAAGAUUUAUUGUUUGUUACCAGUGUGUGGAAGGAUGGGAUCAUGUUUGAUGAACUCACCCAGCAUGAAAUCGAGAAUGAGUACGUGGAUGAAAUCAUGGCUCACGGAGUUCCAACUACGAAAAAUAAUGGAGAUAUUGAAGUCAAGCUUCAAGCAGGUGGAUUUGAUAUCCAUCGUGAGAAAUUCGAAAAUAAACAAGUUGAAAGAUAUCUAAGAGCAGCAAGUACGUUUAUUCAACGUGCUUUUGAGUAUGCCCAGCCUUAUCAAGAAGAAGAAGUGCUUAUCAAGGAAUUAUCAAUUGUUGAUGAAAAAAUCCGUCAUAAUGCCGCUUUGGAUCCUCAAAAACCAGUAUUCCUUAAUCUCCCUACUUUCCGAAUGGUUAUCUUAGCUGAUGAGACAUAUGAAUUGUUAUUUAGUUCUACACUUAGGUGUGCUACUCAUUUGGAUAUGCCCUUAGAUUCAAAGGUGGGAGAUCCAAUCCGGAACUUGAGAGAUAUGUUUGAUGGAUUGGUAGCUGAUGGAAGAAAAGUUGCCACCAAAGUCAGAUUGAGAAUGGAUUCACGUGCUGGAAAUAAUCCUAAUUCAAGUAGUGUGUCUACCAAGAGUAAAGAAGAAGAGGAAGAAGAUGAAGAGGCAGAUGAUGAUUUUGGUGUGAUUUCAAUUGAUGAGAGUGAUAAAGAUCUUCUUAUGGCUACUGAGGCACAAGUAUUGGCUGAUCCAAUUAGAAAGGGUGCUGUCAAGAAUGAUGAGGUGGCAAAGUUUCAUGAAGCAGAAAAGGCAGCUGCAUUAAGUAAGAAGAAACAUAAAGACCUGAAUAUAAAUGAUGAGAAUUUAAUUGAGUUUGAAUCAUAG